AUGGCUGCUGUCAGAGAUUACAAAACUGCUCUUGAACACUUAAAGACCUAUCCAAAGAAAGAUGGGUUAUCCGUUCAAGAAUUAAUGGAUUCAAACACGAGAGGUGGUUUGACUUACAAUGAUUUCUUGAUCUUACCAGGUUACGUUGGUUUCGGUUCUACUGAUGUAGUCUUACGAACUAGAUUAACCAAGAAAAUCGCUUUAAACACGCCAUUUGUUUCAUCUCCUAUGGAUACUGUUACUGAAGCUGAUAUGGCUAUUCAUAUGGCAUUAUUAGGUGGUAUUGGUAUCAUUCAUCACAAUUGUUCUCAUGAUGAACAAGCCGCUAUGGUUAGAAAAGUUAAGAAGUACGAAAAUGGGUUCAUUAACUCUCCUAUUGUCGUUUCUCCCCAAACUACUAUUGCUGAAGCUAGACAAAUGAAGCAAGAUUACGGCUUUUCUGGUUUUCCAGUUACUGAAAAUGGUCAAUUCCCAGGUAAAUUAUUAGGUAUAGUUACUUCUCGUGAUAUUCAAUUCGUUGAAGAUGCUACUUUACCAGUUUCUGAAAUUAUGACCAAGGAUCCAGUUACCAGUUUGCAUGGUAUUACUUUGUCUGAAGGUAAUGAAAUCCUAAGAAAGAUUAAGAAGGGUAAAUUAUUAAUUGUCGAUGAAGAAAACAACUUAGUCUCAAUGCUUUCAAGAGCUGAUUUAAUGAAAAAUCAAAACUACCCAUUAGCUUCCAAAUCUGCUACUACCAAACAAUUAUUAUGUGGUGCUUCCAUUGGUACUUUGCCAACAGACAGAAUUAGAUUGACUAAAUUAGUCGAAGCUGGUUUAGAUGUCGUUGUCAUUGACUCUUCUCAAGGUAACUCUCUUUUCCAAAUUGAAAUGUUGAAAUGGAUCAAACAAACAUACCCAGACUUAGAAGUCAUUGCAGGUAACGUUGCCACUAGAGAACAAGCUGCUAAUUUGAUUGCUGCCGGUUGUGAUGGUUUAAGAAUCGGUAUGGGCUCUGGUUCUAUUUGUAUUACUCAAGAAGUUAUGGCUUGUGGUAGACCACAAGGUACUGCUGUUUACAACGUUUGUCAAUUUGCUAACCAAUUCGGUGUUCCAUGUAUGGCCGAUGGUGGUGUUGCUAACAUUGGUCACAUUGUUAAAGCUAUUGCCCUAGGUGCCUCCACCGUGAUGAUGGGUGGUAUGCUUGCUGGUACUACUGAAUCUCCAGGUGAAUACUUCUUUAGAGACGGUAAGAGAUUAAAAUCUUACCGUGGUAUGGGUUCCGUUGAUGCAAUGAAUAAAGGUGCUGCGUCUGCAUCCCGUUAUUUCUCUGAAGAUGACAAGGUCUUUGUUGCUCAAGGUGUUGCUGGUUCUGUCGUUGACAAGGGUUCUAUCAAGAAGUUCAUCCCAUACUUAUACAAUGGUCUACAACAUUCUUGUCAAGAUAUUGGUGUUACUUCUGUUAAUGCCUUACGUGAAGAAGUUCAAAGCGGUAACGUCAGGUUUGAAUUUAGAACAGCUUCUGCCCAAUUGGAAGGUGGUAUUAAUAACUUACAUUCUUAUGAAAAACGUUUACAUAACUGA